AGGUUUGUGCUGGAAUGCGGCUGAAAAGGAGAGUCGGUGCCUCACCUGUCGCUGCCUGGAGCCUACAGAAGCAGGGAGGUGCUCCGAAAAAGGGACAGGAGGCGGAGUUUGCUCCAUUUUAUCUGGCUGUCCUGAAAGGUUUGCUAGAAACAGGCAUAUACCUGAGGCAGAGUCAUUCCUGCUGCACCUGCUGACAGCUUUGACUUUGCUUUAGCGCGGAUUUACUUCAACAUGACCAAGUGAUCCCACCAGAGGGUUGAUUAAAAAACAAAACAAAACCGUUUUUUUCCCCUGCCUGCGUAUUAAAUCAGUCGACGUCAACAAUGAAGAAGGGGCUGCAUUUUUUGGGUCGGAAGAACCAAUCUCUUUAUGACACCAACUUUAAAAUUCCGGACAGGGACAGUGUUCAGCUGGUCCUGGAGGAGUCAGAGUCUGCAAUCUACGAAUCUGGGACUGCCAACGUGAGGGCCAGACCCACCGUUAAGCAUCAUACUUUCUCGUUUGAAACCUUCCAAGGACUUGCUGUCCCAACUCCGAAAGUCCCUGAACUUCCCCCUGCCAAUGGCCCAAUAGUCAAUGGGACAGGUGCUGGACAACAUUCCUCCACUGGAUCUGUUGUAUCCGUGCCAGGCCACAUUGAAGAGAAGAUCUUUGUUCCUCCUCCUCCUCCUUCAGCGGCCCCUCCACCCCCUCCCGUGAAUUUCAUCCCUCCUCCACCAGACUUCAUGGGUGACCUAAACAGCCUAGAUCCUGUGGCCCUCCAGCCUCCAUCCAUGCCUGCUCCAAAACCACCAUCUAUGGUGGAGGAGGAUUUGUCCCUUUUGAAACCACCAUCAAUGGCGCCUCCAAAACCUCCAUCUACCUGUUCUUCUGGAUCUGGGUCAGCAGCACCUGUCUCUGUUCCACCGCCAACCCAAGUGCCAGAACGUCCAAAAUUUGCCCCUCCGCAACCACCUACUGAAAAGCACCAGAAGAGUUAUAAGGUCCCACCUCCAAAACCUAUCAGAUCAUCUUCGGUGUCCACUGCUGAGCCCCCAGCACAGCCUCCCCAAGUGCCCACCUCCACACUGUCCACCUUCAAUUCCCAGAACAAAGCAAAGGUGAUUGAUCCUCCAAAGCACACUGUGCUUUGGAAUGGGAAGGAUAGUCAGAAGCAAACACAGCAGCAGAUGUUAGUCUUACAAGAAUCAGUGUAUGAUCCUCCAAAGCGCACAGUGCUUUGGAAUGGGAAGGAUAAUCAGUCGGCAACACAGCAGCAGGUGUUAGUCUUGCAAGAAUCAGGGUCAGCUAACUCUGCUCCUUCUGUGAUGGAGGUGGAUGGAAAAGCCCUUCAAGCUCCUCAGGUACCUAAACCAGAGCCCAAACCUGUACAACAACCCAAAGGGGCUUUAGAAAUUAAACAACCUGAAUUACCUGAAGUUCCCAAAGAACCUAAAAUAGAGGCAAAGACAGAGAUUAAAACAAAGUCUCCAACAGAGGCUAAAGCAGACACUGUUCCAGCUCAGUCAGAGAUAACUAAACCCCUCCAGCCUCCACCAUUGCAGAGAACGACUAAUGUCCAGAUCAAUUCAGAGUCCAAGAGCACACUGGAAGUAUCUCCAGGUCAAAGCCGCAGUUUCAGCCCUCUAUUGGAUCGUAAACUGGACAGCCUGAAGGCUAAUGAACCCAAACACUCUUCAGCCUCACCGUUCGCUCUCCUGAAGGCAGCUAAGGAAAGAGAGAAAAAUAAAAACACUCAAUCUUUGUCCCGCGAAAGCAGCACCACGAGAAAUGAACCAACAAGUCCUAAUUCCUUCAUACCAAGAUCAACGUCUUCAGUUCUACCAAGUGAAAAUAGACUACAGGAGAAUGCAACUCUUAGGCCUGCAGAAACUAAAACAACGAUUCAGGCUACAGAAACACCCAUGGGUUCGACUGCACUGGCCAAAGAUCAGAAACUCUCAACUGAUCCAGUUUUGAGUAAAUUCACAUCACUUUCAUCUCCAGCUGUAAGCAACCUGACUGAGCAGAAGCAAAGAGCAGAAGAAAAGCAAUUAAAAUCUCAUGAUGUACAGAAUGAUACUCCUAAACAGGAUAUGAAUUUGCCAUUUCUGCCCCCACCACCAGAGUUUGGUGACUUUGAUCAAAUACCAGAGCAACCCCCCUCCAUUUGUCCACCAAAUCCCCCCACAAAAAAAGCACCAACACCACCUAAAGUUUCAGCUCAAGCUCCACCUCCUGCCCCAGCUCAAGUGAAAGCUCAGACCCCAGCUCAAGUGAAAGCUCAGACCCCAGCUCAAGUUCCUGCCCCAACUCCAGCUAAAGCCCCAGCCAAAGCUCAAGCUCUAGCUCCUUCACCGCCAAAACUCCCACCUUCUGACAUACAAGUCAAACCAAAGCCACAAGUCCAGACUAAAUCCAAUCCAGCCUCUACUCAAGUACCAUCCAAUCUUUCACAAAACCAGGCCACCCUCCUUAGUAUUUUACAGAAAAAGAUGUUGGUAAUGGACCAAAAAAUGGCCCCAGUUAAUGACUCGGAGCACAAUUCUGAUGACUGGAGUACUGGCUUUUCUGACGAAGACAACAAGGUGCCAGCAGUGCCACAACCUAAACAGGGGACCAAAAACCCACCUACCCCCACCAACAAAACAGCAUCUUUUAACAUGAAAGAGUUGGAAACCAAAGUUAUCAACAAAUACCAGAGUACACAAGUGAAGAGUCCCACCAAAAAUGGGAUACGUUCAAGACACCAGUAUGGGAUGACUUUCACCAUCAGGCCUGGAUCUAAACAACCCAUAACUCUUGCUAGUAAAGAGGAUUCCUAAAGGUCUUUGAAUGUAGAACGAACCUACUGUACAUAAAAUAGCAUAUGCCAAAGCCCUAACACGGAUAUUUUGUGGGAUUUCUUCCUGUGUCUGCAACACCUGAUACUGCACAAACUGAGUUCUGGUGAAAAUAAAAAAAUACAUUAAAAAAAACAAAAAACUUGUCACCAAAGUCCCCUUUGAACAUGCCCACCCUGACUGUUUAUGUCAGAAAUCUCUCCAACAAUUGAGCAGUUUUUCUACAUCUGACUGUUUUCAUUAAACAUGAUAUAUUGCUGGAAGCAAUUACCCUAGUACUGCUUCAGCCAGGCUCAGGAUUUUCUUUUACAUUUUAAUGUUGUCCAUCACCAUCUAUGGGUGCAGCAUAGGUGUUACACCUCUUUUGAUUUGAAUGAGGUGUCAGUUCAGAUUUUUUUUUUAGAAACAGAGAAAGAAAAUCUUAGUUUAAAAAAUAUUCAUCGUCAUGUAUCUAGGGCCUAAAUAAUAUGUGAUUUUACGUUAGCAGUAAUUUGUGCAAUUUUUCAGUUAGCUAUGAAGUUACAAGUGCUUUCAUUAAUUAGGAAGUUCAUGCUGUCAAGUGUCAAGAUGAUUGUUCCAUUUUUAAAAUGCAAUGUUUUCUUUCUAAAAGUCUCAUAGUAAUAUGGAUAUUUUAAAUGUAAUGUGUUUAAUCCUAUGUUUUAUUUAGAGAUGCACAAAUCAAUCUGCCAAUUUUCCUUGAUUGGCUCUGAUUGAUUGCUAAUAAAAAACAUUUUCCUGUCCCUCUAAAGUAAAAGACCAAAAACAUUGGCUUUGACACACUUUUCAAACUUAAUACACAUCAGGUAGUUUGAGAAAAUAUGAUGCGGUGCAUACAUGGGUAUAACAUUGUAAAUUUGGGUGAUAAUAUUGCAAGAUCAAAGAACCUGCAGUAUGUUCUUUUGUCUUUUAUGCGUUAUGAUAAAUCAGUCCAAUUUAGACCCGACAAGUCAAAAAAAUUGGUAUCUGGCAGGAAAAGCCGUGCAUCUUUUUUUAUGAAAAUUUAUAUGGGUUAUUGUCUUUAUUUAUGUAAAUUAUAUGGUUGAUAAAAAAUUCUGUUCUCUCAUAUAUUGGAUGUAAAUUAUAAUGUUGUAUAAAAUAAGUGUAUAAGCUGGAAUUACACACACUAACCAUUCUGUUCACCCUGUUACAUGUACAUAAGUCCACCAGAACAAAGCACUGUAAACUUAGGUAACCAGUUCCAUGUAGUUUUUAUAUUUAUUGAUUUUAGAAAUAUUGUGCUAACUAUAGUUAUUCUAUGAUUAAUUAUUGAUUUUGGUUACAUUUACACUACUACCACUGUACAUAGUAAGCUUAAAGUAGAUGUUUUUGUGUAAAUUAUAAACAUUUAUCAACAUUU